GGCAAAGGGCCAACUGGCGCCUGGUACCCAAACACUUUGUUAAAGCCGCUUGAUAACGCUGAUGAAUGAGCGCUCUCUCUAACUGAUGCCUGUGAGGACUAGUGCACGCUGACACCGCUUUCAAACAGGACCUGUUCUUUCGGCGGAUGCUCUGAGGUGAGCGGCUGUUGACAUGACAACAGACGAGGCAGAAAGUCACCAGAAAAAGCCGAGGCAGCAGGAGGAAGCUGGCCAGGGUGCCAGACCUCCCACUCCAGAGGACGACCAGCUCCGACCUCAAAACCACAACUCUGCUGGCCGCGGUCUCACACGCCUCUUUUCCUCCCUCCUGAAAAGGCGUUCACAGUGUGAGAGCGAGGGUGGAGAAAAGGAGGACAAGGAGGAAGAAGCUAAAGCACCCAUCGCUGACCCCGAACCUGAACUAAAAACAGAGGGCGAGGUCGCCCUUGACCAGCACUCAGUAAGCAGCGCUGAGGCUCAGGCUACCCAGGUAGAGAAGAAAGAGACUGACGAGGACAAGGUUGGAAAAGAGAAGGAGAAACACGAGGACAAGGAAGGGGAGGUUACCUUGGAGAAAGAAGAGGAGAAGGACAAAGAGAAGAAGGAGGAGGAGGAGGAGUCUGGCCCUGAAGAGGGCAGUAGGGGAGAAAAGGAAGAGAAAACAGCAGAGGAAGAAGCCAAAGCUUCCAGAGUGUCACGCCGACCCAAGACCAUGCAGAUCAAAGUCACACUGCUGGACGACACUCUGUAUGAGUGCGAGCUGGAUAAACACGCUAAAGGCCAGGAGCUGUUCAUGAAAGUGUGUGACCACCUGAACCUGCUGGAAAAAGACUACUACGGCCUGGCAAUCUGGGAAACUCCCACUAUGAAGACUUGGAUGGACCUGACCAAAGAGAUCCGCAGGCAGGUACAAGGUGCCAAUUAUAAUUUCACUUUCAAUGUAAAAUUCUAUCCACCGGACCCAGCCCAGCUAUCAGAAGACAUCACCAGAUACUAUCUUUGUCUCCAACUGCGAAAGGACAUCCUCCAGGGCCGCCUUCCCUGCUCCUUCGUUACUUUGGCUCUGCUGGGCUCCUAUGCUUUGCAGUCAGAACUUGGUGAAUAUGACCCCGAGGUGCACGGCAGUGAAUAUGCUAAAGAAAUGAAAAUGGCCCAAGGUCAAACCAAGGAGCUGGAGGACAAAAUGAUGGAGCUGCACCGCACAUACAGAUCCAUGAGCCCAGCGCAAGCAGAUCUGAUGUUCCUGGAGAAUGCCAAGAAACUUUCCAUGUAUGGAGUGGACCUCCACCAGGCCAAGGAUCUGGAUGGAGUUGACAUCAUACUGGGAGUUUGUGCCAGUGGUCUGAUGGUUUACAAAGAUAAACUGAGGAUCAACCGUUUCCCCUGGCCCAAAGUCCUUAAAGUCUCAUACAAACGAAGCAGCUUCUUCAUUAAAAUAAGACCAUCUGAGGUGGAACAUUAUGAGAGUGCCAUUGGAUUCAAGCUUCCCAACUACAAGGCAGCCAAAAAGCUGUGGAAAGUGUGUGUCGAACAUCACACCUUCUUCAGGCUGACCUCCUCUGAGAUGGCCACCACCCCAAGGAAGUUCCUAGCAUUGGGCUCGAAGUUUCGUUACAGCGGUCGGACUCAGGCACAGACCAGACAGGCUAGCUCUCUGAUUGACAGACCAGCUCCCCUUUUCCAGCGCUCCUCCAGCAAGCGGAACUCUCGCAGUCUGGAUGGAGCAAUGGUGUCGACUCCUGACAACAAGUCCAGUCGUCCUGUCAGUGCCCCCGUUAUGUCACCAGUGUCACCUGGGGAGGCCACCCCAUCACCACUGCUACCCACCCUGCCUCGUUCUGACCACCACGAUGUCUCCACGCCCAGAGGACACCGAUAUUCCAGCAGAAAGGCAGAGUUAAAGGCAGAAUGCCUAACAACUGACAGCGUCAAGAGCCACAGUCCCAAGUCUACUCCAGAGAUUAAGACGGUGGGCAGGAGAGAGCGGAGGCAUGCCCCGUCUUUGGCCAUCACUAAUGGGGAAAAAGAACGAAAAAGCCAGCACUCUCUUCAGGACAGAAAGAUGGAGAUGGUUCGAGUGAGGAAGAAAAGAUCAAAGAAACUUGAGGGUGAAACAAUUUAUAUCAGACAUAGCAAUUUAAUGUUGGAGCAGUUUGGUUUGUCUGGAAAAUCUGUUCUUCCACAACCUCUAAAGGACCUGGAUAAGACCCAGACUGAAAUUAUGCGGCACCAUACCAGCAUCAGCGAGCUGAAAAGGAGUUUCAUGGAGUCUGUACCGGAGCCUCGGCCCAGCGAGUGGGAUAAGCGUCUUUCCACCAACUCUCCUUUCCGCACAGCGAGCAUCAAUGGUCAGCUCCAACCAGCAUCUCCUGUGCUAAAGACCCAGACAAUCACCAUCUCAGAUGUUACCAAUUCUGUAAGAGGAACUGCAGCCUACAAGGACAUACCCUUAGUUCACACUGAAACCAAGACCAUCACAUACGAGUCAGCUCAGCCGGUGGACAGUGUGGCAGAGAGGGAGUCGGGAGUGCUGCUGAGUGCCCAGACGAUUACUUCUGAGACCAUCAGCACCACCACCACCACCCAGAUCACCAAGACGGUGAAAGGAGGGAUCUCUGAGACUCGCAUUGAAAAGAGAAUUGUCAUCACUGGGGACACAGAAAUAGAUCAUGACAAGGCUUUGGCCCAGGCCAUUAAAGAGGCAAAGGAGCAGCACCCAGACAUGUCUGUCACCAAAGUGGUUGUGCAUCAGGAGACGGAGAUCACCCCAGAGUAAGACGGACUCAUCCUGUGGAAGCCCUCUCAGCUUCCCCCCACCCCACCCCAUUCCUCCUCGUAUCUCCAUCACACCAUUUUACCUCAGCGCACCCAACAACCAUCAACGGGAACCACCAGACCUCAUCAGAGCGAACCAGCUUCAACAAUGACAAAUGAACUUGACUCCACGAGUGUGAAGUUUGGCCUGAAGGAGACAGAGUCACCAGAAAAUUCCCAAGAACCCUGCCAGUAUUCCCCACAAUCCCCCUCUUGUUCCAUUUACUGCCAAAAGAGCAGCUGCUGGAGUUAUGGAUGAAAAAUCAUCUUUUUUUUAAAUAUGAAAAGGAAAUUAAAGAAUAGCAUUUGUGGAUUUCUUCCUCUCCAAUUUGUGUGGAGAUUUUACGAAAAAAUCAAGGGCAUUUGGUCUUUUACUCUUGAUAUAUUGGUAAUUUAUUUUUCUACAGCUUUUCUUACCAUCAGAAUUGGUUACCAGUAACUUGAAAAUCAAGUAUUUUGUAACAAUGUAUUCCGAGCAGCAUUGACAAAGGGAUUGUGGGUGAUGUCUCUUGGGAUUGUACACUUUGGGACUCGCAGGAUCCCUCUCAAAUUUUAGUGCAAGUUUGGUGUCAUUUCUUGUACAGUAAAUAUUUUAUUUUCCCUCUCGACGUAAAAAUAAUAUUUUUUCAAUUUGUGUAUAGGAAAAGAUUGAUUGUAUCAAACUAACGUGCGGGAAUUAAUCCUUUCAUCAGACAAAGUUCUGGCAUUUGUUCAGUGACACCUUUUGAUUGUUUAGUUGUGUUUUUGUGCUCGUGGUACCAAAACAGGGCUUCAUCAGGACCACAGAGAUCGUAGUGCACUGACAUGACUUUUAUUUAUUUCCACUUUUGUGCGUUUUGUGUUUUAGAUAUACUAUGAUUUUAUAUUGACAACGUUCCCCACACCGGUUAUAGUUUGUGCAUAAUGUUUCUACUUUUCCUCACAGUGGGCAGUGUGUACACUUCCAUUGGCGCUGCUUUAAAGACAUUUGCCAUCUGUGAAAUAUUGAAGUCAGUAAAGAGAAGAGCAAAACAUCAGAGUCUGUAUAUUUAGACUUUAUUAUAUAAAAUCUGAGUAUUGCAUCACAUUAAAAUGAUAGAAAUGGUUGACAUAUCCAACUCUUAAUAAUAAUACGGUAAAUUGGGAUAAUUUUCUGUUAUAUUUCAAAGAACAACACAAUUCAGAUUAUCAGCUGAUUAUAAUGGAACAACAGAAAGGGGAUGAAUGUGGUGAAAUUACAGCAGCAAGGGGAAACGACACAGAGGAGAAACUCGGCAUGUAACGUUAAUAAAGCAGAAGCAACAAAAAGAACGAGAUGAAAGAACAGAAUCAAAACAGCAGUGAUGAUGGAUUCUUCUCAUACUGUCUAACUUCUAUAAUAUUUGAACACAGCAGUAAAAUUGUCGUAUGAUUAUGAUAUAUGUACUUCUUGGAGGACAAAGCCGACCACGUCUGCACACGCCGCCCACUGAAAGCAGAAACACAGAGUCACUGCCACUCAGACGUUUGGGGUCACUUGGGAAUGUUCCUGUUUUUGAAAAAGAUUUUUGUUUACAUCAAAACAUAAAAUGACAACAAAUAAAAAGCCUUAGCCUUUAUAACUGGGACCCCAGUUCACCCUGAACAAUGACAUAAAUCAUUCAUUUUUAUCAUCCAGUGAGUUUUUGUUAACUUUCCAUUUAAAAUGUCAAAAUCAAAUUAAUGAAAUACAGUCGAUAUUUUUACACUUUAAAGAACAUUUCAGAGUGACUUCAGGCGUUUUAGCACCAGUGCACACUUUGCACUUUAUCUUCAAACACCAGACUUUUAGUUACAAGAUGCCCUUUAAAAUCCUCUCCAGUGUUUGUUGUUCUCACUGUAUCAUUAUGAUCACAGUACUCCUCCUCCUCUGUGUCAGCAGUCCACAUCUUAUUUUCUAUGUAUUUUUUCUUAAAUGUAACCCUCACAUGAUCAUCACACAAAAACAUGUAAAAAGCACCAUGCACAAAAUAAACACUGUUGUGGUCAUUA